AUGGACUCAACGGGCGUGGACACUACAAGAAAGGGUGCUGUCCCGACGAAAGUUAAUUUUUCAGAGAAACAAGUGUACUGGCAAUGUCAAUGUGCUACUUGGUUGGAGGAGACCGUACUGGAAAACAGCAUUGCCGUGGAGUUUAUGCAUCGCCCUGGGAAUGGGAGGAAAGACGAGAUGGCUAUCGCGCAGAAGGAUCAUGGAUACUUUCGGACAUAUGAGGCCCUCGUGGACGAUUAUUAUCAAAGGCAACUCACCUUUAAGUCAGAUGCACUCAAUGCAUUCAGUGGAAUCACGAGUGCUUUGAGCUUGAUGCAGACGAUCCAUGUCAGUCGCUUGUCCCCCGGAAACAAGUUACUGGGCCACUGGAGCCAAUUGUACGAUUGGCGUUUGAAUGGUCUACGCAACGAGUGGAAGGGGUCCCCUUCGAAGAUCAAUGACUCCAUUAACCACGUACUAACGGCAAAUACCUCUCCUUUUGUGGACUCCGGCCACCUUCAAUUUUGGUCCAGCAGGGCCGCCUUUUGGAUCUAUCGAACCACUAGAGGCGAACAAUACUAUGAUCGUGAACAGUACAGUGGCCUUCCCAAGUCUAGGAAAGAGUUCCAUCCGGAUGAGCCUAUUAGGCUGCACCUGGAUUCAGGCGAUGAUCUUCAAUGGACAAAGCGCCCGGGAGCCAUCAAGAGCUGUGGUCGAAAACUGCCAGAACCUAAACCCAGAUUUGGCGGAGUGAGGACAGCAUUUACGGAUUUCUACGAACAUGUCCCACUUAUGCAAAGAGUCAUAUAUCCUAUGGCGAGCGUCAUCGUUGGUGACGCCAACUACGGGGUAGAAAUCGAUUCAAAACGACAUCCCGAGAUUCCCACCAAGAAGCGUCAGGCAAACCCACUUGCUGAGACGACGAUCACUUAUGAUGGGCACGCCCAUAUAACAGGAGAUCUAAGCAAGCUUCUUGGAACAGAGCUCCCUGAGGAAUAUGGGCCAUUUUGCCCGACGGAGGAUUUGUUCGUCGAUCCUAGGGAGGGCGAUAGCGAGGCUACUGAAGUGGAUUUGGUGGUCAUUGGCAGGUCGAUUGCGGAGCCGAGCAGAUACCUUAAAGUCUUAGUAGUAAGAUGGGAGAAUAGAACAGCGUAUAGAUUAGGUUGUGGAUUGGUUGGUGAGAAGGAUUGGGCUAGACUUGAUAAUAGAGAGUGGAAUUUAAUUAGGCUAGGAUAG